AUGGACUUUGUGAUGAAGAAGUGUAAGAGGGUAUGCAGAAGCAGCAAGAGAUUGCAUGCUGAAGAAGCAGACAGUGGCAAAUAUGGAAAAUUAUCAGAGAAGCACAUACAAAAGAAUAAGAAGAAUAAGCCUCAAGUGGCUCCGCAGGGUUGUCUUUUUGUCUACGUUGGACAUGAGAGACAAAGAUUCGUAAUAAAGAUCAAGCUCACAAACCACCCUUUGUUCAAGACUCUUUUGGAUGCUGCUGAGAAUGAAUAUGGUUAUAGAAACGAUGGUCCCCUAUGGUUACCUUGCAAUGUUGAUUUUUUCUGUGAGGCAUUGGCAGAGAUGGAGAGCACUGAGGAUGAUACGGGUUUUGUUGGUUGCAACUUUCCAAUGGGUCACAAGCAGAGCUCCUCAGUUUUCCACAGUCCAAUGUCUUAUCGUUCUAACCUGAGUUUUGCUGCCGAUUAUGAGCUUUUGGUAUGUAAGUAA